UGAAGCUGAUUUGAUUCUCAAAAUUAAAAAAAUUAAAAAUCCUCACUUUAAAAACGCUGCUCUCUGUCAAGCUACUGAAUGGUAAUCAAGAGCUCGUAAAUCACUGCAAGGGAAAGAAGUGUUGCUGUGAAUUGGAUUGAUUAUGGGUGAAGAAGAAACAAAGACUGAAGUUGAGCCAGUGGCUAAUGGGACUUCACUUCCAGAGAAAUCUGGUGAAACUGUAGGUGAGAAAACAGAGGUAGAAAAUAAUGGGGUAAAGGAAAUGGAAGAAGAUAAGAAAGAUGAUGUGAAAGUUGAGAAUGAGAAGAUGGAUGAAGACCAACGGGUCAAGGAAGACAACAAAAGCAAAGAGGAACUGGAAAAAGAAGAAAAGGAGGAAUCCAAAACUGAAGCAAUGGAAGAAGAAACCGAUCCAAAGGAAAGUGACAAGAAAGUUGAAAAGGAGGAAAACAAAGAUGAGGUGGAGGAGAAAGUGGAUGGGUUGACAGAAGAAGAGGAGGAAGAAGAAGAGAAGGCUGAAGAGAGCAAGGAGGAAAAAGGUUCAAAGAAGCGUGGGAAAGUUCAAAAGACUGGGGAGAAAGUUAAAAGGAAGACAAAAAAGGUGGAGGAGAAGAAAGAGCCAGAGCAAAGAACUCCUCUUACUGAUCGCCCUGUGCGUGAGCGGAAAUCUGUUGAAAGACUGGUUGCAUCUAUUGACAAAGAUUCUUCUAGGGAAUUCCGAAUUGAAAAGGGCCAUGGUACUCCACUUAAAGAUAUUCCUAAUGUGGCAUUCAAGUUGUCUAGAAGGAAGACUGAUGAUUCUUUCAGACUGCUUCAUACUGUUCUCUUUGGAAGGAGGGGGAAGGCAGUUCAGAUUAAGAGUAAUAUUUCCAGAUUUUCUGGUUUUGUGUGGCAUGAAAAUGAGGAAAAGCAAAAAAAUAAAGUAAAAGAAAAGUUUGAAAAGUUUAAUAAAGAGAAGUUAUUGGAGUUUUGUGAUGUUCUUGAUGUACCAAUUACAAAGACUACUACAAGGAAGGAAGAUCUGGUUGCAAAGCUGAUGGACUUUUUAGAAGCCCCUCAUGCUACAACUACUGUUCUACUUGCUGAAAAAGAAAAGUCAAGUAUGGGUAAAAAGCGCAAAAGGGUUACCAAGUCUGGGACCACAUCAAAGCGAUCAACAAAGAGUCGAAGAAAGAGUGAGGAUACACCAAAAUCAGGAAAGACGAGUACACCUGAUUCGGAGGAUGAGUCUGAAGAAGAAGAAAAGGAAGAGGAAGAGGAACAGAAUGAAGAAGAGGAAAAUGAAAAUGGCAUUGCAGAAAAAUCUGAGGACGAGAUACCUGAGGAUUCUGAAAGUGAGGAGAAAAAUGAAUCUGAACAUGAAUCUGAAGAGGAUGCAGGAAAGAAAAAAAAGAGUACAAGGGUAUCAUCCAGAAAGAAGGAAUCUGUCGUAAAAUCUAAAACUAAGAAAGUCACAGUUCCCAAAAGGUCUACACCUCAGAAAAGAACUCCAAAAACAUCAUCAUCUAAAAAUUCAAAGGCUAAUGAUGAUAGUAAAAAAAGUCCAAAAGUGUCUUCAGGGAAGAAACCAGAGAAGGUCAUUACGGAAAAAUCCUAUACACCAAAGAAAUCUGCCUCCAAGGAGAAAACCAGCAAAAAGGUUGUAAAGGGAAAGGACAAAGCUAGGGAGGAGAAAUUAAAGCCAAGUGAUUACGAACUAAGGACUACAAUUUGUGAGAUUCUUAAGGAAGUGGACUUUAAUACGGCUACAUUCACUGACAUUCUGAAGCUACUUGCUCAACAAUACGAUACCGACCUCACCCCAAGAAAGUCAUCUAUAAAGUUCAUGAUUCAGGAAGAGCUUACCAAGCUAGCUGAUGAAGCAGAUGAUGAAGAUGGAGAAGGGGAUGCUGAGAAAGAUGAAACCCAGUCCGCUGGUCAAGGGGUUGAGGCCUGACCGACAAGAUGAAAAAUAACUUAAAUGGAAAUAGUGCAGUUGUUUAUGUCUUGUGCCAAUAUGUACUUUUAGUUGUUACUUAGAAGGUAAGCUUGUAAUCUAUUGUUAGUUUCUUUAACUCUUUUUGUUGAGCAAAUUAGCAUUUAUCAAAUACUAGAGGAGCUGCCCACCUGUGCUGCAGGGUUGCAGCUUGAUAUGUACACUAUUAACAUAAUCUGUAGGAAUUUUCCUAUCUGAAAACUGAGUAUUUUGAAUUACAGAACUCUUUUUUUUUUUUUUUCCCUCUGUAAUGUAAACCCUGGUGGCAUACUUGAUCACUGAGGUGUGCUUUUGCUCAUGUUACUUUUUCACUGAAUGAUUUUUUUAAAAUUUUUUAUUUUAUUUUUUAUGUUUCUUUGAUCCAUUUGGAUCCAGUACUGCACAUUGAACAUUUGAACUGACAGUAGCUUGUGCUAUCAUCCUUGCAUUCUGUGCAAUAAUAACAUGAAUUUCUGGAAAGUUGGUCCAUUGGA